UUGACAAAUUUUGGGAAUUUCCGGAUAACUAGAUCCGAUAUUUGAAUCGAAAACCUUUGGGUAUCUAUGUGCAUUCGGCAUGUCUUUCAGAUGGACUCUUUUUCUGACCUGGAGCCAGCAACUUUAUAGGGAAUGAAUGAGAGUCUUAUUUAUGAGAGAGAGAAUGAGCCUUUAUAGGGGGUUUUUAGAGGAAGUGUCUCAAAAAGCCUUUAUUUUUAUUAGGAAGGAUUUGGUUGGUAGUAAAAAGGAGAUCAUCUUAAGCAAUACUUUAAAUCAUUUAAUUUUCUUCAAUUUUUUGCAGUAUAUGAACAGCCAAUUUAACCGUUUUGAUUGUUUUAUUGUAAUCUCUUCAAUUAUAGAAUUUGUUUUGGUUUAUUUUGAAUUUAUGAAACCUUUGGGUAUUUCUGUUUUGCGUUCGGCACGUCUUUUAAGAAUAUUUAAAGUUACAAAGUAUUGGGCUUCAUUGAGUCAAUUAAUCACCUCCUUACUUUCUUCUCUACGUUCUAUAAUUUCUCUACUUUUGCUUUUAUUCCUUUUUAUUGUUAUUUUUGCUCUUCUGGGAAUGCAAGUAUUUGGUGGACGUUUUAAUUAUGACCCUAUGAGACCGAAACCUCGAGCAAACUUUGACACUUUUACUCAAUCACUACUUACAGUUUUUCAAAUUUUAACGGGAGAGGAUUGGAAUACAGUAAUGUAUAAUGGAAUUGAGAGUUAUGGAGGGAUUGGAUCGCUUGGAAUGCUUGUAUCAAUAUAUUUUAUUGUUCUAUUUAUUUGCGGAAACUAUAUUUUGUUAAAUGUUUUCUUGGCCAUUGCUGUAGAUAAUUUGGCAGAAGCGGAUCAAGUAAUGAAUGCAAAACCGGGAGAAGAAGAUGAAAUGGAAGUUGAGGGGGAAUACGAGGAAGGGGAGUAUGAACAUGGAGAAACAGAUGAGGAUGGGUUGGAUUUGGAAGGGGAUGGAGAGGAUGGGGAUGAUGAAGUUGGUGGGGAUGGGGAGGAAGUUAAUGAUGAAGUGGUUGUUGGGGCUAGACCGAGAAGGGCCUCCCAUUUAACUGGACAAAGUAAACAAAAGCCAAUACCAAAAGCUUCUUCCUUAUUUCUUCUUUCACACACAAACCCUUUCCGAUUAUUUUGCAAUAGAAUUAUUAAUCAUUCUUAUUUUACAAAUUCUGUUUUGAUUUGUAUUUUGGCUCAAUCCUAUCGAAAUACAAUAUUAAAUUAUUUUGAUUAUUUCUUCACAACAAUAUUUACUGUGGAAAUAACUUUAAAAGUUAUUGUUUAUGGCUUAGUUUUGCAUAAAGGCUCUUUUUGUAGAAAUGCUUUUAAUUUACUUGAUAUUUUGGUUGUUGCUGUUUCUUUAAUUUCUUUUGUUCUCAAAUCUGAUGCAAUUUCUGUUGUUAAGAUUUUGCGUGUUUUGAGGGUUUUACGUCCUCUACGUGCCAUAAAUCGAGCUAAAGGUUUAAAACAUGUUGUUCAAUGUGUUAUUGUUGCUGUCAAAACAAUAGGGAAUAUUAUGUUGGUUACAUUUAUGCUUCAAUUUAUGUUCGCAAUUAUCGGUGUUCAAUUAUUUAAAGGAACUUUCUUUUCUUGUAAUGAUCCUUCUAGAAUGACAGAAAUGGAAUGUAGAGGGGAAUUUAUUACUUUUGAGGAUGGAGAUCCAACAAAGCCUGUUAGCAUGAAAAGGGUUUGGCAACGAGCUGAUUUUCAUUUUGAUAAUGUAAUGGAUGCAAUGAUUUCUUUAUUUGUUGUUUCAACAUUCGAAGGAUGGCCAGACCUUUUAUAUGUUGCAAUAAAUUCUAAUGAGGAAGAUCGGGGUCCUGUUUAUAAUGCUCGACAGCCCGUGGCUAUAUUCUUUAUUGCCUUCAUUGUAGUCAUAGCCUUCUUUAUGAUGAAUAUCUUCGUCGGUUUUGUUAUUGUAACAUUCCAAAAUGAAGGAGAAAGGGAAUACGAAAAUUGUGAAUUGGACAAAAAUCAAAGAAAAUGUAUAGAAUUUGCACUCAAAGCAAAACCACAUAGACGUUAUAUACCUCGAAAUCGUUUCCAAUAUAGAGUUUGGUGGUUUGUAACAUCACAAUUUUUUGAAUAUGCGAUUUUUAUUAUUAUUAGUAAAUUUUUAAUUAAAUAA